AUGACAACUUUCCUGGAUAUCGUGUCCGCUCCUUCAGCUGCAAUGGUGUUGGUGAGUGCUGCGGUGCUGGUGGGUGCUUGCUGUGUUGGUCGGUGCUUGCUGUGCUGGUGGGUGCUUGCUGUGCUGGUGGGUACUGUUGUGUUGGUGGGUGCUUGCUGUGCUGGUGGGUGCUUGCUGUGUUGGUGGGUGCUUGCUGUGAUUGUGGGUACUGUUGUGUUGGUGGGUGCUUGCUGUGCUGGUGGGUGCUUGCUGUGUUGGUGGAUGCUUGCUGUGCUGGUGGGUACUGUUGUGUUGGUGGGUGCUGCUGUGCUGGUGGGUACUGUUGUGUUGCUAGCUUAUUACCCCGCCCUGCCCGGCAUUUAUUCUCCCCUGCCAUCCUGCCUUCCCCCUGCUGCCAUCCUACCGUCCCCCACCUGCAUUCUGUUCCCUCCUCAGGGCACUCCGUUUCCCCUCCUCAGUGCCUUCCCUCUCCCAUCUUGCGUGCCAGCGUCCCCCCCUGCCUUCCUUCAGUAG